AUGAGAAAAUCACCGCCGAAGAAGACACCGAGGGACCUUGAUGAAGCAGCGACAGUGGAGUGCCCCACCUGCCAUGAUGUGUUUCUGCACAAGCGCAGUUUGGAGCGACACAUCAAGGUGGAGCAUGGCCCACAAGAGUAUUAUUGGUGUGGGCAAUGUGAGCACAGAAACAACAGACGGGAUAACCUACGGGCCCACUAUCGCGACUGUCACCCAUCGGCACAGGGAGAAGUAAGCCAGAUUAGAGCUGAGACGUACGAAUCCAGAGAGCGUGCUAGGCGCUCUAAAAUCGAAGAGUCGGGCCACCGCUCUCAUGAGAACCACCCUACCACAGCCGAGAGGGAUAAUGAAGCCAGACGCGGGGCAGAGACAAAGUCAGGCUCUUCUGGACGGGGCAGUGACCACCCGGAAGCCGGUAAUAACGAGAGAAAGCGUAGCCGAGCGACUGAUGCCGGAGACAAGCCAUCAAAGAAGCGCCUUCGAGGUGAAAGUGCCCCAGCAACAGUGUCAAGAGCACCAAAUGAACGCCAGGUUGAGGAGGAGCGACCGGCCACAAGGGCGCGCAGGGUGAAGGCUCCUUCCACGAUCUCUCGUGCCCCCGACGACGAGGCGAUGGAGCUCUCCAGCUCUGAGAAAGCAAAGGAGAAAGCUGAGUCACCUACACAGGUGGUGGUAUCUGUAGCAGCAGAAAAAAACCUCAGGAGGUGA